GCCGCCGAGGGUGAGGUUGACGGAAGCCGACGUUCGGCAACAUGCGGCACGGAAGAGGCCGGCGCACGGAGCCGAACCAUCGCGGCCUCCUAAGAGGCCUCAAGUGGCACUGCCGAGCGAGCCGGCAGCGACGGGAGCGCAGCCCGGCUCCGAACGGGCAUCGGACCGAGAGCCGAUUAUCGCGUUGUCGGUGCCGACGGUGCCCUCUGAAGCCCCGUCCAAGGAACGAUCGGCCGAGGGAGCAGCCCCAUCCGAGGGACGAGCGGCCGAGGAAGCGGUCGAAGAUGCGCCGGCCGCGCAGCCGGCUGGCGAGGUUCGGGCAGAGACAUGCGAGCCCGAACAACCUGCGUCGGCGGCCGCUGCGGCCUCAGGAGGGACCCAAUCGGACUCGAGCCUCCCUUCUCUUUCUGAUGUCAGGGCCUGGGUGUCUGAACGAGGGAAGGCCCAGAUGGUGCCAGGCGACGACAGGAGGUCGGCCGGCCGCGGUGCGUCGUCCGACGCCCCGCUUCCCGAAGGAGCGUCGGCCCUGGCCAACCACGACUUGGCCAGGAGAUUAUGUCAGGCAGUUAUCCUUCCGGCCGAUCAUGAGGUCAUGAAGAAUCAGCGAGUAUCCGACAUGCUUUCCUUCUUCUACCCGACCAUGAUCCGGCUGAUUUACAACAUAUCCGAGCUGGAGGUCGGAUAUCGGAGGUUCGGUGAUCUCCGGGCAGCCUGGAAAGAUAAGGCCAUGGCCGCCGAGGUCGAGAAGGUGGUAAUGGUCGACCAGCUGAAGCAGUCGGUCGACCGUGAGGCCCGGCUUGAAGAGGAGAUCUCCCGCCUUACCGAGGAGGUCUCCCGCCUUACCAGUGCCCUGACCGCCUCGGGGUCCGAACUGCAGUCGGCCUGCGAGGAAGCCAAGCGGAAGUCCCGCACUGUUCGACGGCUGCGCCGCGAGCGGGAUGACUACGUCGGCGAACUCAAAGCCGAACGCGAGCAACUCCGAAUAAGUUUGGGCAAUCUCGCCAAGGUCGAAGAAAAUUUGUCCUCCGCUCAAGCCGACGCAAACAUAGCGAGGGCGGAGGCAGAGUCGGCGAAAGAGGCCAUAGGUCGGGCCGUGGAGGACUUCCGCUGCUCCGACGAAUAUCGGGAGGAACUCUUGGAGAGUGGUUUCCUCUCGUACCGAGUAGGCUACGAGGACGCCCGGGAAGCGGUCCAGAGCCUGUAUCCGGAGCUCGAUCUCAGCAGCGUCGUCCCUCCAGAGUCGGAGGGCCAAGCCGCGGGAGAGGUGGCCGACCCGUCGUCGGGAGAUCGCACUGCCGUGGAGGAGGCCGACGCAGACCAGGCUGCCGAAGGCGAGGCGGCUCCGACCCCCGACGCUACCUCGGCUCGAGUGGAUACGCCGACCGCCCCCGGACUUCUCCCGAUAGAGGAAGCCGACUCCGGCGAGUAGUCGGAGCACCUUUUAUUUUUAUUUUUGUUUAGUGUACUUGUAAUCGGGCUUCGGCCCAAUUUUGUAAACUCAGUUCAAGUUUGAAUGAAAUUGAAAUCUUUUCAACUCUUUUUUUUCUUUAUGUAUCUGAAAUGUAUCUUGGAAUCAUGUUUCGCCGAAAUGCUUUCGAACGUAUAAGUCAUAGGCCCGACGUACUAGCUAGGAUGUUCGGUAAG